ACGUGCAUGUGUCAACGUUUCUAUCGCCUUGGUGGUUCUGGCCCACUGAUCUGAUCCGGGAUGCCAAGACCCCCCUAGUAAGGGGGUGGGACGGGUGAAACAUCUGGGCGUAUAAAUGGGUCUGCAAAAGGGAAAAGGGUAAACAGAAGUUGAGGACGAUGGAGCUUGUUCGAUUUAACUUUGUGCUGAAAGCGGCCGGGUGUCUGAUUCUCCUGUGGACAAGUGGUUGUGUUGCAGCCCCCAUGGAGUGUCACUUCAACUCGAAAGCGCUGUGUGUGUUUGAGGGGCGACAGUACGCGCCGGGCGAAACGUGGAUGGACACCUGCACGCAGUGCACCUGUCUGCAGCCAAUGGGCGUCGGCUGCUGUGCCACGGUACAACGGCCGGUGGACUUCCCCGCGUGGUGUGAGGUGCGAGUGGAGCCAGUCACCUGCAAAGUGACCCUUGUCCUCGCCACUGACAGGCGCCUUCCUUGCCUGCCGGGUGAGGACAUGAGGGACCCCAGUCAUGGAUCACAAAACCAGCUGGCGGAAUAGCACCAGCGUCUAAUGGGCCUCUAUGCCCAUCACGUUACAAUAUCCAGUAAUAGACAAUGAAGUAAAUGUUAGUGUAACAGAAUGAUACAUGCAUUUUUUUAACAAUGAGCAAUUUGAUACUGGUUUAUCAUUACAUUAAAAAGCCUCUUUGAGAAAAUAGCAAUAAUAUAUUUUAUUUUUUUCCCGCUGUUUUUUUCACUUAUGUCAAGUGCUAAUGUUUAAUCAGCAUGUAUUUAUAUACAAAGUUCAUCUUGACGAGGAAAUUGUGUGUUCAA